CGGCGGCCAGCAGACGACACUGUGUUGACAGCCACACACACAGACCUGUGGAGCCUCUGCUGCUGCUUCUCCUCCACCCUGCUCCUGCUGCCAUGGCCCCCUCCACCACCUGCUGCUGCUGCCACUCCCUCCUCGUCCUCCUGGCCUACCUCUCCACCGCUCACGGCCUCGGCGAGGUCAUAUAUGCCGUCAAUGCAGGUGGUGAUGCUCACAUUGACGUGUAUGGUGUUAGAUAUGAGAAGGACCCCCUGACUGGUAAAGUGGGCACGGCAUCAGACUUUGGCAAGCAGUUAGUUAUUGGGAGGGUGCCACCUGGUGAUCAGGUACUAUAUCAAACCGAGAGGUAUCACCAUUCAACGUUUGGAUACGAAGUUCCUCUCAAAGGUGAUGGAGACUACGUUCUUGUUCUUAAAUUUUCAGAGGUGUACUUCAAUGCACCUGAUCAAAAGGUUUUUGAUGUUGUAAUGAACAGUGAUAUGACAGUGGUUCCAGCACUAGACAUCUUUGGCAGAGUAGGUCGAGGUGUUGCUCAUGAUGAGUACGUUCCAUUCACAGUCCUCUCCAACACACUUAUAGUUGGAGGUCAAGAGAGUCCUCUCAGAGGAAAUAAGGUCAAGGUCGACUUUGUAAAGGGUUACAAAGACAAUCCAAAAAUAAAUGCAGUUUUUGUAAUAAAGGGAAGAUUAGAUGAUGUUCCCAAGCUGCCACCUUUGCCUAGGGAAGAGGAUCUGGACAGUGAUAUAGAAGAACCCCGGCCAAGUGCCAACCUGCAGAACAAUAAUAACCAGAACAACAAACAGUCUCCGACUACGAAGCGCCGUCCCAGUGGACCCCGUACACCUGACCCCUAUGCUUCAGACGACACCAGCUCCAUGCUUCCUGUAUUUGUUGCCAUAGGUGCUGCUAUACCCAUUCUGUUUUGUCUCUGUAAACUGUGAUGAAUGUAUUAUUAUUUUAUUUAUUUUGAUCUUUAAUUUUUCCAGAGCGGAAUGAGUGUUUUGAGGAUGUUCUUUUGUAUCCCAGUACCUCUGUUCUAACAUAAUGCAAAUGGUAUUGAUCAGUAUUCAGAUGGUAGUGAUAAAAGAUGGCUUUUUAAAGUUGUAAAUAUUCCAGUAUUAUGAGACAAAAUAUUAGAGGCCAAAUGAAUGACAGUAUUAGGUAAAUGAGGAGUAUUAGAUUUUAUAUUCUUGAAAGGUAAGAAGUGAUUUGGUGAAUUUUAUUUAUUUGACAUUUAUUUUAGACUAUCAGACUUUUUCUUAAUUAUUUAGUGUAAAAGAUUUGUGCCGAAUUUGGCUAGGGAUGUGUCGGUGAGCAGAAGGUGGGGAUACUAUGCCAUUAUUUGACUAGUCUUUGUGGUGCUCAGACAUCUACUGGUGCCAGGAAACUCGUGAGCCUCCUGUUUCUUUCUUUUAAGUGUAAGUGAUAAAUUAACCAAAGAUUGCUUUGUUCUUUCAAACAGAGGCUUUAAAAGUCUUUCUUGGGAUCCAAGUUGUGUGGUAUGUACACAUCUUAGCUUUUAUUGACUGGUAAUGGUGAAUAAAUUAAGGUUUUUACCAGCAUUUCUAAGUGCAUUUGUUCUUAGGCUUUUCAAGAAAUAAAUUGUAUUGUCCUUGAACACACAGAAAAAAAUGCACUUGUUAAGUUGAAUGUGGUCAUACAUACAGCCCUUCCACCUUCACUGUAGUGUAGGGUUACGGGUAUGUGGUCAUACAACCCUUCCACCUUCACUGUAGUGUAGGGUUACGGGUAUGUGGUCAUACAGCCCUUCCACCUUCACUGUAGUGUAGGGUUACGGGUAUGUGGUCAUACAACCCUUUCCCCUUCACUGUAGUGUAGGGUUAAUGGUACGUGGUCAUACAUACAACCCUUUCCCCUUCACUGUAGUGUAGGGUUAAUGGUACGUGGUCAUACAGCCCUUCCACCUUCACUGUAGUGUAGGGUUACGGGUAUGUGGUCAUACAGCCCUUCCACCUUCACUGUAGUGUUAGGUUAAGGGUAUAUGGUCAUACAACCCUUCUACCUUCACUGUAGUGUAGGGUUAAGGGUACGUGGUCAUACAACCCUUCUACCUUCACUGUAGUGUAGGGUUAAGGGUAUGUGGUCAUACAACCCUUCUACCUUCACUGUAGUGUAAGGUUAAGGGUAUGUGGUCAUACAUACAACCCUUCCACCUUCACUGUUGUGUAGGGUUAAGGGUACGUGGUCAUACAUACAACCCUUCCACCUUCACUGUAGUGUAGGGUUAAGGGUACGUGGUCAUACAUAUAACCCUUCCACCUUCACUGUAGUGUAGGGUUAAGGGUAUGUGGUCAUACAUACAACCCUUCUACCUUCACUGUAGUGUAGGGUUAAGGGUAUGUGGUCAUACAUACAACCCUUCUACCUUCAUUGUAGUGUAGGGUUAAGGGUACGUGGUCAUACAUACAACCCUUCCACCUUCACUGUAGUGUAGGGUUAAGGGUAUGUGGUCAUACAUACAGCCCUUCCACCUUCACUGUAGUGUAGGGUUAAGGGUAUGUGGUCAUACAUAUAACCCUUCCACCUUCACUGUAGUGUAGGGUUAAGGGUGUUAAUUUAAUGAAGAAUUGCACAAAUGAUAUUUGCUUGUACAGUAUUUUUGUACAACUUAUUCAUUCCUUCUGUCCAGGUUUCCAGUAGAGAAUGAGAUAAGCUGUGAAAUAUUGCUGUUCUAUAUUGCGUCCAUUUCUUAAGAUAAGGGGUUUACCAUGUGACCAGGAAACCUUGGAUUAGAGGUGAAUUCUUACACUUUGGCUAAUUUAAUUGAAUUUGUGUAGACUAACUUACGAAUUUCUUUGCUUGCUUUUGUUUUAUCAUGUGUGGGUUGGAUUUGUCAUGAGGGAGGAUGAGGAGGGACUUUUAUUACUUACUGUGGAUCCAAACAUGUGACAUCAAUGGAUGUAGGGAACUGUUGACUAGAUUAUAAUUUUAUGGCUUCCUCGGACUGUGUGCCAGUUUUAUGGGCAUUUCUUUGGGUUGUACCUACAUGAGAUGAAUCCUGGGGAGUAUUGUUGAAAUUUAGAUAUUGUAGGUACCAACUGUCACGCACCCAGGUUUGUAAACAUUAAAAAUACUUUUUCUAUUUUGAUUUAAAUUGAAAGUAUAUGUAAUCUGGCUAUAAUCAUCUUAGCCAAAUGGUUCACUAGCAGUGACUCUUGAUUAUUAAAAUGAAAUCCUCUUUGAUUUGAAACGAUAAUUAUCGUUGACUCUUCAAUUUAGUUUUUUAGUUUUCCAUUUUGUUUUAAAUAUGAGUGUCGUUCUCAUUUCACUGUGUUUUUGGUCUACUAUUACAAUGAUUGAAACAAAUUGGAUGACAUAAAGCCAGCAACUGUGUGGGGAAAUAUUCUGCUGGAUAUUUUUUUUAAUUUAUUUUAUGUUCAUGAUCCUUUUUCCAUGUUAAAGUUCUUUAAUUUUAUUUUGAAACGAUGGUAUUUUAGAUAUCAUAUGUUUCCUUAGCAUGAUUUACUGUCAUAUAUUAGGGUAUCAUUCCUAAUGGGUGGUUUUCAUGUUUGAAAUAAAACUCUUAUCUAGGUUUCUACAUGGUACAUCCUACCAUGGUCUUCAGUUGAUUAUAUUUCAUCAUAAAACAUGUAAGUGGAGUUACAUGUAAUAUCAUGCAUGGCAAUGGUAUGUAUGCACACACCAAUGUUGUGCAACUUCUGUAUAAAUUAUUUGUAAGUUAUAUUAUUUAGGGUACUUAAUAAAAUGAUGAAAUUUGAGUAAUGUGUGCCAUAUACCAAAAUCUAUAAAUUAGUAUUUAGCAAUAAAGGUAAUAUGAAACUUACAUGGUACAGAUAGGGCAUGUGGAGAGCUCAUUCAAGAAUGUGAAAAAGACUGAUACAUUAAUUUUUUUCCCUAAAAAUAGUGUAUAACAUCUUGCAUAGAUAAUUAUACAAGCUGGUUCUUGUACAAUUUAUACACUACAUCAGAUCUCUUGGCUGCAGGAAUAAAUCUAUACAUACAUAUUCCUUGAUGCUGUGUUUCCUUUAGAAAAACUCUCCUUGAAGGAGUUUCCUCCAGUAAAAUCUUGCUUGGAUACUUGCCGAGUAUUCAGCAUAGUGAACAUGUCUUGCAGAAUGUUAGUGUAUUGCCAGUUAUUUCAUACAGGUGAAAUAACUGACCUGGAGACCAGACUGUGUAGGAAGAUGUCAGAGGCAGAUACAAGCACUACAGUAAGAUACAGGCUCUAGUGAAACAAAAGGCAAACAAUGUAAACAGUUGACACCAUAAGAACACCUGAGGAUGAAAAAGUAUUGUAGCCCAGCAAUUGGUCUGUAAGGCCAGAGUGUUGUUUAACAAUUUUGUGUUGGAAGAAGGGUAAUGAUUGGUUUUAUAGGCAGAUUUAUAUACUAUAAUUCAAAAUUUUGUAUGCUUUAACUUUUAUUUAUUUAUUUUGGUAGAUGAAAAUAUACAACAUACAUUAUCAA